UUUUCUCUUUCUUCUUCUUCUUCUCACCACAAAGCUCUUCCCUUUUGUGUUUCUUUACCACUCUCCGAUCCUCGCAACAUCUUAAAGAGGUAAAUUCCCAAAAAAAAGUUGAGCUUUCUCGUUGUUGAUUCCGUCGAAAUCUGCAACUUUUCAUCCUAAUUGUGAAUACCCAUUCCCCCAAGUUUCGCAAUUUGUGUGUUUAAAAGAUCCAUCUUUGAGCUGCAGCUCAGAUAGUUUCAAUGGAGGAACAGAGAGAGGAGAGUGAGUUCAUUGGUGAAUCCAUGGAGGAAGAAGAAGAAGCUGCUAAGGGAUUAGGUAUAUCUUCUAAAACUGAAACCCUAGAUGGUGAGGAUACAAACAACACGGUACAGGUUUCGGAUUCAGAUGUAGAAGAUGGCAAUAAGGAUAAUUUGGUUUCUGAUGUGAAAGCUGAUAAAGAUGAUGUUGAGGAGACUAAAGAUAGCGUUGGUGAUGAUGUUGCACUGACUGAUGCUGCUAUCACGGAGCCUCAAAUUGAUGGAGAUGCUGAGGUGGAGAUGAAUGGUGAGACGGCUGCUAAGUCUCAAGUUAAGAGUGCAGGAGAAGGGCAAAGUGUAAUCUCUGGUGUGAAUGAGGUAACUGCUGAUGACAAGGCAAGUUGUGAAGUUGAGCAAAGUUCAGUAGGUGCCGAGAUGCUUUCUGUUGCUGAAAAGAAAGCUGACCAAGAGAAGCAAUCCACAAACAAUAUCGAAGAGGAUGAUAAAAGAAUGGGUGUUGAUAGCAAACAAGAAAAUGAAGAGAAUGUGGGAUCAGAUACUAAAGAUACUGUUUUGGAAGCUAGCUCUGCUGCUGAAGUAAAUGAUGAAGAAAAAAUAACCAAUGAAGAAGGAGAAGCCACGGAGAUUGAUUAUGCGGCAGAGGAACUGGUGGAAGAUGAUGUUAAAGUAGGUGAAGCUUUGGAUAGUAGUGCUUGCGAUGACUCUGCGGGUGUAGUACAAACCCAAGAUAUUCCUCCAGUUGCUGAAGCUGAUGUGGUAAGUGAAAUGGCAAUUGACGAACCGAAAGAUAAUGCUGAUUUAGCAAACCCAAACAGUCCCUCUGAAGAUGCUGCUCCAGGUGAAGUUGAACCGUUGGAUCAUAAUGCUCUUUUUGAUCCAACUUCUGAUAUUACCAACUUUAUUGAUUUCAGUGGUGUAUCAUCUUGGUCAGGGAAUAUACAAGACCUUAAAACCGACACCAGGAAUGUCUCUUUGAAAGAGGAUAAGAAAGCUGCCACGGUUGCUAUUGAAAAUGGAUCCAGUGAAGCACCUGUUGCUUCUGGAGCGCAAUCUCCAGCUGCUGCUACAGAUUGCUCACAAGAGGCCUCUGAUGCAAUUUUGGGAUCUAAAGAAAGUAAAGAUCAUGAAUGCUUGGAUACGAAAACGGCAGAUCAAAAAGAUGCAGUGAUAGAGGCAGAGGACAUCAUAACUCGUGAAUUCCAAAGUAUCGAUCCAAACCAAAAGGAAGAUACAGGAAUGGAAGAAGAUCCCAGUAAUUCUGCUUUUGCUGAUGAUGAAGCUGGUUCUGAUGUUAAGACCAAUGGUGUGAAACGAAAGGCUGAUGUCCUGAGUGAGGAUUCACCAGGAGAAGGUACGAAGACUGUCUCAUUGGCAAAGGUGUCUUUUGCAGAAAGGCCCUCCUUUAAGAUUGGUGCGUGCAUAGCCAGAGCUGCUAGUCAGAUGACAGGAUCUUCUUUAGUUUUGAAGGGUAGUAACUCUGAUGAUGAAACUCUCUCUGUUGAGAGCUUUGUGACCCAGCUUCACUAUGCAGCAACAGACCCUGAUAAAGAGAACGUUGUAUCUGAAAUUGCUGCUGGUUUUUUCUUAGAUUUCCGAAACUCCUCGGCUUUGCAGCAAGGUCCCCCAGAAAAGGUGGGCAAAAAAAGAGGUAGACCAUCCAAUUCUGAUGUAGCAGGAACUGAAGCAUUCGAGUUUGAGGAAAUGGGAGACACAUACUGGACUGACAGAGUGAUCCAUAAUGGUGGUGAAGAGCAGACACCACCAACCGAGAAAGGAAAUUAUCAAGUUGUGCCAGUUGAGUUGAAACCUGCUCAGGUUCAAAGAACUCGUCGACCAUACAAAAGACGACAGACUCAGAUCCAUAUUCCUCUUUCAGUCUCAGACAAACCGGCAAACUUUGAUGAGAAUGCACCAGCUGAACUUGUAAUGAAGUUUUCUGAAGCGGAUACUAUACCUCCUGAGAAGAGCCUGAGUAAAAUGUUUAGGCAUUUUGGACCAAUAAGGGAGUCGCAAACUGAAGUUGACAAGGAAAAUAACCGGGCCAGAGUAGUUUACAGGAAGGGUGCUGAUGCCAAGGUUGCUUACAACAGCGCAGGAAGGUUUAGUAUUUUUGGGACGAAAGCGGUGAUUUACGAGCUCAGCUAUACGAUAACUGAGACAUUCAAAGUUAAGCCUUAUGUUGUGUCUUUAGGUGAGGAGGAUGCAGCACCAUGUCUUCCAGCCUAGAUGUAGUCCCUUCAGGCAUGGUUCAGGUGAAAAGAAUUGGCAGGCAUCAAGAGAAGUAAACGAUGAUGUGGCUCAAUGGAUUGGAUGCUCUUGCUUGUCUUGUUGUUAUCCUUUAGGUAGAGAUUUAGGCUGUGUAAUAUGAGAAAACUUGUAAGUUCCAGAAUUUCUUCGAGUAAUGUGUUAUUCUGGAGGUUAGAGAGAUCGUUCCCUUUUUGCCUUCUGAUGAGAACACAUUUAAUUUGCUGUUACUAAACCAAGUGAUGUUAGUGCACGGAUGGUAAUGGUUAUUAGGUGGAAGUGAUCUGGAGUAGUCAAUUUGUUCAA